AUGAAUAAAUUAAUAUCAUUAUUAUUUUUAAUAAUAAUAAAUUUAAUAAUUAUUUCAGCAAUUGUAGAUAUAAAUUAUCAAUCAUAUCAAUCAAAUGAUAUUAUAAUUAUACAAGAUUUAAAAGAGAAUGAAAAAUUAAAUUUAAAAAAUCAUGUUAACAGUGAUAAAAUCGAUAUUACAACAACAAAUAGUGCUGAUAAUUCAAUUAAUAAUUUUUUAAUAUCACAUCAACAUACUUCAAAUUUUAAAAAUAAUUUAUUUAAUGAUGAUAAUUAUAAUAAUAAUAUUGAAUCAAUUAUAGUUUAUUUUAAUAAUAAUCAUUUAAAAGGUAAAUUUAGUAAAACAUCAUCAAAAUAUCCAACUUUAAUUGAACCAAUAAUUAGAAUAGUAGUAAAUUUUAAAGAUGGUUCAAAAGAGAUUCAAAUGGAUGAAUUUUCAACAAUAAAAACAAUGACAUUCAAUCAAACUUUAAAUAUUUGUAAAAUUUUAGAAUCAGUAUUGGAUACUUCAAUUCAACCAUGUUCUUCAAAUGAAUCACCAAUAUUUGAUAAUUUAUUACAUAUGGGUUUAAUUCCAAAUACAAUGAAUCCACCUUACCUUACAAAUAAUAAUAAUAAUAAUAAUAAUAAUAAUAAAGAUAGUAAUAUUCUUAAGCCAAUAAAUGAUAUUUCAAUUAAACGUCAACGUAUUAUUCAAUCAAGUAAAUUCAAUAAACAAGAAAAUGAGAAAUCAUAUCUUGAAUUAUUCAAUAGUAAUAGUUAUCUAAAUUGUUUAUCAAUUUUUAAUCAUCAUAAACUUUGUAAUAGUCAUAAAGUUUCAUAUUCAAUUGAAAAUUCAUAUGAUCAAUUAUUAGGUUUCACUUUAACUAUUAAUAAAAAUUCAAUUGAAUUUAAUGAACAAACUUUAAUCAAUACUAAUAAAUUAACAAUUAAAUAUAAUCCAAUUUCAACUACCUCCACUACCACUACCACUACCUCCACUACUUUAGCUUUAUUAAAUGCUGAUAAAAGUAAAGAAAUUUAUAAAUUAGAGAAUUCAAAAGCAAGUAAAUUGGAUGAAAUGAUUGAUAAUAUUGAAACAACAACUCUUGUUAAAGAUGGUGAUGAUAGUGAAUGGGUUAUACUGAAAUUAGAUCAUUUGGUGAAGAAAUCUGGAUUUCAUCGUGAACUUGUUAUUAAUGUUACUUUGAAAUCACCAUUGAGAGAUACUGUACCAGGAGUGUGUAAAAUUAUGGUUUUGGAGAAUUUGGAUCAAGGUAUUUUCGUUGAUAGAUAUGAAGUGGAUGAAAUUGAGAGAUUUGGAGGUCCAAAAGUUGUAAUUUAUCAAUUGAUCGAUUUGGAGAAACCUUCUACCUCAAGUACUCAAAAUUUCGUUUCAAUCAUUAAACAAUUCAAUACAACCGGUUCUGCUACUCAAGAUAUUCAAUUAACUUUACCAAUUCAUUUACGUUAUCAAAAUCCUUUAUUCAGUGAUAAUGGUGAUAGUAAUACUUUUCGUCAAUCUAUAAUUUCAUCUCCUCAAAUUUAUCUAUCAUGUGAACCAACAAAUAGUGUAUUAAAUAACAAUGACAACUCAAAUAAUGAUAAUUGGAAUUUAAUUACAAAUUAUAAUUUAUUAUUAGAUGAUAUUUCAAAAUCAAUUUCUAUAAAUGUCCCAGUUGGUCAAUUAAAUGAUAAUGAUUCUGUUAAAUUCUAUACAUUAUUGGUAACUGUUAUUGGCUCAAUAUUAGUAAUUAUAACUAUUUUUAUAACUCAUAAAAAAAAUUUAUUACAAAAAAAAAAAUAA